UAGAGAAUUGUUGUAACUUAUAAUGAAUCCAUGCAUAUAUUUUGUGAUCGUUGUAGGACUUACUAAAACUGUAUCAUCUGAAGUAUUUGACAUCGAUGAUGACUUAAUCAAUAUAGGAAAUGUUUCAAUAGAAUCUAAUUCGAAAUUUAUAUCGUUAGAUGAUCGCGUAAAAAUACUGGAUGUUCAUAAAUCAAGGAUAAAGAAAUCUUUUCGAGAAAUACAUGAUAUAAUAAUUGAUCUUCGAAUGAGGAAUGCUCGAAUAAGUCGUGCAAAUCAUGAUAGAAUGCUUGAUCUUCUCUAUAGAAUGGACGAUUCAGUAUUUUACAUCAUACACCAAGUGUAUACAUAUUUAUUAAAUUUGGAUAAGAUUAAAAGUGUUGAAGAUGAAGUAAAUGAUUUUUGUUAUGGCUAAAUUAAAUUCCUUAAGGGCAAGAAAUUAAAUAACUAUUAAUUGAGUUAUUUUAAUUAAAACAGUAAAUACCAAAAUGCAGAAAGUAUACCAAGUAAAAAUGUAUAA